UUCGGGGUCACGUGUUUGGUGGAGGGAAAUUAUUGGUACGGGCUGGAGGCGUGGGAGCGAAGCUAAGUUAAGAUUCCUUAUCUAUCGAUUCGGGACGAGGGAGUCAAGCUAGGUUUUUUUUUUUUUUUGUGGUUAGGUUUGCUCGUUGGGGCCGCGGGUCGGAUUCGAUUUUUUUGUUUCUGGUUUUCGGUUUUUGGGUUUUGGUUGUUGUGGAGGCUGGAUUUGGUGGUGAUGAAUCGUAGCUUUCGGGCUCAAGAGUCGCAGAUGCUGGGGCACCGGCAGCAGCAGCAGCAGAUGAUGAGGGAGAAAGAGGAGGAUCUCGCGCUCUUCCUCGAGAUGCGGAAACGGGAGAAGGAGCGCAAUGAUCUCCUCCUCAACAGUGCCGAAGAAUUCGAUGCUCCGUUAGGAUCAAAGCCCGGUACUUCUCCCAUAUUCAAUAUUGCCCCUCCGGCGCCUCCGCGUAAAACCGCUACUGAUGAUUUUCUUAAUUCCGACGGCGAUAAAAACGAUUAUGAUUGGCUCUUGACACCACCUGGUACGCCUCUUUUCCCUUCACUGGAGAUGGAAUCACAAAAGACUGUUAUGAGUCAGCUUGGUACUCCAAAAGCUCGCCCCACAGUGCUUAAAUCACGUUUGGCAAAUUCCAUGGUGGAGCCACCUGCAAGAACCAAUGUAACAUCUAGACAACAAGCUUCCUCUCCUGGGUCGAACACUUCGGGGGCAGGAAUUCGCCGGCCCUCAUCAUCAGGGGGUCCAGGAUCAAGACCGGCAACGCCAACUAGUCGGUCUACGCUUACAACAUCCUCUAGAGCCUCAAGACCUUCAACACCAACCUCUCGCCCGACCUUGUCUUCAAGUAAAUCAACAGUGCCUGUCAAGCCCUCUGUUGCUGCUACUAGGCCUUCAGGUACUUUGACCAAGCCUGCAGUUUCAGCUGCAAAGCAAUCAGUUCCUGGCAGAUCAUCGACUCCAUCAAGGUCAACAGCGAGAUCUUCAACGCCAACUGCCCGUCCCAUUGUUAACCCACCAAAACCGGCAUCAAGGGCAGCAACACCAACUCGCCGACCAUCCACAAUGUCAACUGGGCCCACUGUGUCCGCCCUUCCCACAAAAGCUGUGUCCUCUACUAUUGCAAAACCUGCUUCAACAACAUCAAGAAAUCCAGUGCCCUCACGCGGAACUUCCCCUACAAUGAAAUCGAGACCAUGGAAACCUUCAGAGAUGCCGGGUUUCUCUCUUGAUGCUCCUCCAAACUUGCGAACAACUCUCCCUGAAAGGCCGCUUUCAGCUACUAGGGGUAGGCCUGGGGCACCCAGUUCUCGAUCAUCUUCUAUUGAGCCUGGUCCAAUUACAAGACCAAGAAGGCAAUCGUGUUCACCGUCGAGAGGGCGCCCUGCCAAUGGUGUCCUUCAUACAAGUGGAAGCUCUGUUCCUGCGGUGAGUCGUGGGCAUCCUAAAAUAAACGACCAUGUGAACCCUGUUAUGAUGGGAACGAAAAUGGUGGAAAGGGUAAUAAACAUGAGGAAACUAGUGCCACCCAAGCAAGAUGAUAAACAUUCUCCUCACAGUAACAUGUCCGGGAAGUCGGCUUCUUCACCAGAUAGCUCAGGCUUUGGGCGAACGCUAUCCAAGAAAUCCUUGGAUAUGGCUAUAAGGCAUAUGGACAUAAGGCGAAGCAUUCCUGGGAAUUUGCGACCGUUGAUGACAAACAUUCCUGCUUCAUCCAUGUAUAGCGUGAGAUCUGGGCCUGCAAGGAGUAGGACAGUUAGUGUGUCGGACUCUCCACUCGCGACAAGCAGCAAUGCCAGCUCUGAAAUGAGUGUGAACAACAACGGUCUCUGCGUGGAGGGGAACGGACUGGAUGAUGAUAUUACCAGUGAUCGGGAUGGUCAUUCGCCUACGCGUGGCAGGCGAUUGUAGGUAGAUGCAAUGAUGAAUUGGAGUCAUCCAUUGUUUUGACUCGGAAUCCGCAGGGUCGAUGAAGAGAAAUGUUCCCGGAAAGGAUUUUUUUAAGGGGGCUUCACGUUGAUGGUAAAAAUUGCACGAGUUGGUUAGGAAGGCUGGCUGUUGAGGACCUCUUAUUGAGGUCCGUGUAUUAGUUUAUGUCGGCGAAUUUAGCUGAACUCUCCUUAUUUUUUAUGAACGUGAGUUACGGUGAACAAGUUUUAGAAA